AUGAUCCCUCCUACGACUGGGACCCCUCCUCCAAGUGAGGUUCUCUUCCCUCCGUUGGCUUCUCAGGAAUUCUGGAGGUCACAGGUCUCGGGGUACUCGGGAACUGUGACUCGGCACAUCAGCCAUCGAGCCAACAACUUUAAGAGACACCCUAAGAGGAGGAAACACAUCCGCCCCUCUCCACCUCCGCCUCCAAAUACACCCUGUCCUAUAGACCUGAUUGACUUUGGGGACCUGCACCCCCAGAGGUCCUUCCGGGAGCUGCUGUUUAACGGCUGCAUCCUCUUUGGAAUCGAGUUCAGCUACGCCAUGGAGACAGCGUACGUGACCCCUGUACUGCUCCAGAUGGGAUUACCCGACGAGCUCUACAGCAUGGUCUGGUUCAUCAGUCCAAUUCUAGGAUUCCUACUGCAGCCUUUGCUGGGUGCUUGGAGCGACCGGUGCACUUCAAGGUUUGGAAGGAGACGGCCUUUCAUUCUGGUGCUGGCUAUAGGUGCACUCCUGGGUCUUUCGCUUUUACUGAAUGGGAGAGACAUUGGCCUAGCUCUGGCAGACACUGUCAGUAAUCACAAAUGGGGCAUCAUUCUCACCGUGUGCGGGGUGGUCCUCAUGGAUUUCAGUGCUGACUCAGCAGACAACCCGAGCCAUGCCUACAUGAUGGAUGUCUGCAGUCCUGUGGAUCAGGAUAGAGGACUGAACAUCCAUGCCCUCUUAGCAGGCCUCGGAGGCGGCUUUGGAUAUGUUGUCGGAGGAAUAAAUUGGGAUGAGACCAGUUUCGGCCGAGCAGUGGGUGGGCAGCUGCGAGUCAUUUAUGUCUUUACUUCUGUCACCUUGAGUAUCACCACCGUGCUGACACUCAUCAGCAUUCCAGAGAGGCCUCUGCAGCCCUUUAGCAAGAAGAAAACUGUGAUGAAGAGCCCGAGUCUUCCUCUUCCUCCCUCUCCCCCUGUCUUGUUUGAGGAAGGCCCAACAGUCAACCUGGGUUCUCAGAACGCAACUCACUUCUAUGCAAGCUUGACCAGCCCCAUUUCUCCUCUGAGCCCUCUCACGCCCAAAUACGGCAGCUUCAUCAGCCGGGACAACUCAUUGACUGGGAUUAAUGAGUUUGCAUCCUCCUUUGGGACUUCCAAUAUCGACAGUGUCCUCAUAGACUGCUUUACGGCGGGGCACGACAACUACCUGGCCCUCCCCGCUAGCUUACCCAGGCAGACCAUCAGUGUCAGUUUCCCAAGGGCCCCUGAUGGCUUCUACUGUCAAGAAAAUGGGAUUCUGGAGAGAGGGGCGGUCUCAAUGACUCACGGGCCUGAAGGAGACGCCUUAAGGGUGGGCUCUUUGGAUGCACCAAAGCCUCGGUCGUCUGGGAUUCUGAAAAGGCCUCAGACAUUGGCCAUCCCAGACGCUGUGUUAGGAAGUUGUCCAGAAAGUAGCAGGAGAAGGAACGUGACCUUCAGUCAACAGGUUGCUAAUAUUUUACUCAAUGGUGUAAAAUAUGAGAGUGAAUUGAAUGGCUCUGGAGAGGUCUCCGAGCAGUCACUUUCCAUACGGCGCCUUUGCUCUACCAUCUGCCAUAUGCCAAAAGCUCUUAGAAAUCUCUGUAUCAACCACUUCCUGGGUGAAGCUCUAUCCUCUGAGCCACCUAGGUGGCUCUCAUUUGAAGGCAUGCUGCUUUUCUACACGGACUUUAUGGGAGAGGUGGUCUUCCAAGGGAACCCCAAAGCCCCUCACACUUCAGAAGACUAUCAGAAAUACAAUGCCGGAGUCACCAUGGGGUGCUGGGGGAUGUGCAUCUAUGCAUUCAGCGCAGCAUUUUAUUCAGCAAUGCUAGAAAAGCUAGAAGAAUACUUCAGCAUUCGCACCCUGUAUUUCAUUGCCUAUCUUGCCUUUGGAUUGGGGACAGGUCUUGCCACACUCUCCAGGAAUAUCUAUGUGGUUUUAUCACUAUGCAUAACAUAUGGGAUAUUAUUUUCUACCCUCUGCACCCUCCCCUAUUCUCUGUUGUGUGAUUACUACCAGAGUAAAAAGUUUUCAGGGUCGACUGUGGAUGGCACCAAGCGAGGAAUGGGGGUGGACAUCUCCCUCCUGAGCUGUCAGUACUUCUUAGCUCAGAUUCUUGUUUCCAUCAUCAUGGGACCAUUGACCUCAGUGGUUGGCAGUGCCAAUGGGGUAAUGUACUUCUCCAGCCUCGUGUCUUUCAUUGGCUGCUUGUACUCCUCCCUUUUUGUCAUUUAUGAAAUUCCUCCAAGUGAGGAGUUAGAAGAGGAGCACCAGCCCCUUCUGCUGAACAUCUAACGUCCUGAGGACCUCUGUUGUGGGACUGACACUUGGAACACGGGCAUUUGGGAAAAGGGCUAGUUAAGAAUUGACCAACAGAAUGACCGGAUUGCCUUGACCAGCCUCCUCAACCGUUGUACAAGUGGAAAGAUUUCCUAUUGGAAUGUAAAUAUGUGAGAAGACAAUAA